AAGGUGGUGAGGGGAUUGAGAUGGCCUGCACCACCUUGAGACCUUGAUUACAUGGUUGCCGAAGGUAAUCUAUAUGAGAGGAUUCAUUGCGUGCGAGCAGACGCGAGGAUAUUGUGGAUGACAGAGCACAACGGGAAAGCAAGUUCACUUUCAGCAGGAGCCAGUGAGUUUGUGCCCGGCGGAGGAGGCACAUUCACCGGUCUGUCACCAAAGGCGACAGAAUAUGUUCCAGCCCAACAUGAAGGUGCUGGCCAAUGGGGGUGGAAUGGUUCCCAAUGGACUCCGGAGAUGAACAGUCUUCGAGAAGGAAACCAAGACUGGGGCUUAUUCAACGGCUAUGCAGGUCAGACGCAUUGGCAAAGCCAAGGAGUAAGUGCUGCAAGCUGCUGGUUCAAUGAUGAUGCCUACUCCGAUUCCUCGCGGAGCAGCUCGGAGUCGGAUGAGAAUGACAACGAAGCAGCAGGUGAUGCGGCACAGAGCAGCGAUGCCCCCGCAGAUCCGAAACCACCCGCAGACUCGAAACCAGACGAGGCACUGCAAAUGCUGAGUGCUGAUGAAGACGAUGAUGAUGACUUUAACUCCUUUUCCGAGGAUGAGAUGGAUGCGCCUGCGAGCGCUCGCGAAGCCGGUCCAAGCCAAGGCGACUGUGCUGAUGAGGUAGCAGCCGAUGAUUCUGGAGAUGCUCAGGAAGUCCGGAGCGAAGACUCCAGCUGCUACAACUUGAAUCUUAUGCUGUCAAUCAGGCGCGCAGUUGCAGCAGCUGAGUCGGCGGGCAGGUUCAGCGAGAAGCUUCCCAGAUGGAGCACACAGGCUGUGUCUGAGGAGAUGCCAGACUGGCUCCGGCGGAGAGGCAAUGAGCCUGAGAGCAAGGAGGAGAAUGGCAAAGAGUGGCGGGCACGUAACGGAGGUGAAGCCAAGCCCCGGCGAAAGAACACUCAGGAUGCGAAAGGGAAACCGGACAGGGCUCCUGAGGCGUCAGAGAUGCGCGCGGCUGUCAAGUUGGAGGUUAGCGAAACUUCCUGGGCAGCUCAGAUGGCACGACGAAAGGAGCUGAACAAGGAAAGCUCUGAUGACGCCUUUGUGAAGAGCAUGCGCUCCAUUUUGAACAAGCUGACUGUCGAGAAGUUUGACACGCUGUCUGAGCAGAUCAUCGAUUUAAUUGCGGCAUCAGAUCGACCAAAUCAUGGCAUUCCCCUUCUGAUGCAGCUUGUUUUUGAGAAGGCCACCACGCAGCACCACUUCAUCAACAUGUACGUGGGCUUGUGCGUCAAGCUUCACCAGUGGCUCACUGACAAUAGCAAGAUCGACGUGGCGGAGUCGCAAAGCAACUUCAAGCGUGUCCUUCUCAACCAGUGCCAGACAUCCUUUGAACAGUACUUGGAACCCCCCGAAGGCUUCGAUGGCUUCACGGGAGACGACCUUUUUGAGGCUCAGGUGAAGUACAAAACAAAGAUGUUGGGCAACAUUCGCCUGGUGGGCGAACUUAUCAGACAUGGUAUGUUGGCUCCGAAGAUAGCGAUUGCCGUCGCCACGGAGCUUGCAAGAGAUGAUCCAGCGGUACGUGCUGAGCGGCUGGAGACGUUGGCUACGUUUUUGGAAACAGUAGGUGUCGCCUUGGACGAUCCAAGCUGGAAGCAUCACGGUGAGCUUGAGAUGGUUUUUACAGAGGUCAUACGAGCAUCUGCUGACAAAAGUGUUUCACGAAGAGUCCGCUGCUUGCUUCAGGAUGUGUUGGACCUUCGCAAAGAGGGAUGGCGGUCGAACAGGCGCAAGGAUCUCAGCAAGGAGACGCCGCAGACGCUUGCUCAGGUCCAUGAGCAGGCCAAAACGCAGCAGACUCCUUCUUCCAAGAAAGAGAUCUUCCGAAGCCUGUCCUCAAGAUCGGAGGUUCCAUCUCCAAGCUGCCGAACUGCUUUCAACUUGCAAUCACCGUCGUUGAAUGCAGGAAGACAGAACAACUCCCUCACCGCACAAAGCAGAAGAUGAUGCGGCGCAGGAUUUCAGUUAAUGAGACAGCUCCCGGCCGCUGAGCCAGCAUUCUGUUGGCUGCUCGCCUAGCUGCUUUGCUGCUGCGCGUCGUACGAAUGCGUCCAGCUCCAGCCAUUGGAAUCAAACCGCA